AUGGCUUAUGUUCGCUUAUGUACGCUUAUGUACGCUUAUGGGAGCAGGCCUUCUCCGUCCCCAAGCCCUCCCACCAACAAUCCGGCUGUGAUUGGAAAGUAUGAAUAUCUCGGAACCUCCUAUUGCGUCGGGGUUCAGCUGGUCGCUGUCCCUGGUACCGACAAUUUCUUGUUCAUGGAGAGACCAACCACCCCCCACCCCGAUGGCAAGCAUGCCAAUGCCGGCCUCAUGGAUUUCAUCACCGGGAAGUUCACCAACGUGGCUUGCAAGUAUAGCAUGGAGAAUUGCGGUCACACUUUCCUUGAAAACGGUCACAAGCCGCAGAGCAGCUAUCCCGAAGGUCGCCGGGCCGUACAAGUCCUAGAUGUCGGGGCUCUGGCGCUCCGAAGUGUUGGUCAACUGCAGUUCGGCCAUUGGCUGGCAACCGUCACCCGAUUGCCCAACGGAAUGGUAACGGUCAUGAGCGACAGCCCCUCGCCAGUGGGACCUGUCCGCAAGGACGCCGUCCAGAAUCCUUUUUACGAGCUGUGGGACCCCAGCAGCCCUGCCACCACCAAGGUCAUCCAGAUGGACGCGGACUUCAUUGCGAACACCAAGUACUUUUACUAUCCCUUCGUCUUCGUAUUGCCAACCGGCGACAUGUUCGUGUGGAGCAACACGUACGGCCAGAUCAUUGAGCCAAUGACCGGCAGGCGCAUUGCCGUACUGCCCACAUGGAAGGAUAUUCCGGAGGCCAAGGGCAUGAACACCGCCUACCCCUUCAGUGGCUCUGCCGUACUGCUGCCGCUGCGCCCGGAAGACAACUACCAAGUGGCGGAGAUUGUCGUCUUUGGUGGCCAAUGGUCCAAGGGCUGGGUCAACACCACGGCCGUGGAUCUCAGCAUGCGGCUCAAGAUCAAGAUUCUGGAGGACAGCGCCUACGAGAUCGGCGAAUGGCAGAUGGAGCGGAUGCCCCUGCCCCGCGUCAGCGGCUCGGCUGUCCUGUUGCCCAACGGUCAGGUCCUGCUAAUUAACGGGGCCAAGCGCGGCUUGCUCGGCGACGCUGUGUCGGGCGGCGGCGCCAUGCUCAACGAGCCCAACUUCUGGCCGGUUCUGUACGACCCCACCGCUCCCGAGGGCUCCCGGUACACCACUCUGGGCCGCUCCCAGAUCGCCCGCCUGCUGCACUCCACUGCGGGGCUUACACUCAACGGCACUGUCAUCGUUGCAGGCGGUGACCGGUCGUCACGCUUCUGGUCUCCUGAAUCGUACAGCCCCAGCCCUAACGGAUUUCCGGAGUUUCGUGUGGAGCUGUUCACACCACCAUUCAUGUUCGACACCGACCACCGGCCCGUCAUUGUCAACUCCCCCACCGUUAUCGGAUACGAUGACAUCAGCACAAUCGUAUACACGAUGACGGACACAAACGCCACUAUCACCUCCGUCGUGCUCGUGGCGCCGCCCUCUGACACACACGCCUUCAACAUGCACCAGCGCCUGAUUGAGCUAGCGAUCCUUGCCCAGGACAAGGACACCGACCACGAGGUCAGCACACCCGGUGCCAGGACCGUCACGGUUCGUGGCCCACCCAAUGCCAACGUGGCGCCGCAGGGGCCGUACAUGCUCUUCCUGCUGCACAACACGACGUACGGCCCCGGAAAGUGGCGAGGACCGUUUCUCCUGGAGAGUGAUGAGGCCCCUCCCUGGGCCACUCACCUGUCGACCGAGAUGGUGCUGCCCGUGCGAGUGUUUGGAGUUCUGUAA